CGUUCACCUUGACGUCUCCUGACGGUAAAAGCUGUAUUAAGUGCGUAGGCUAACACAGACACACCUUACUUUAACUGUUUGUUGUGUAUAAGCAGCUUUAAGAGUUUAUUUAUUAGAUAAAUAAUUACAUGUGUGUUAAUUACCUGAUUGGGUGAUAAGCAGCCAUCAAUACGAAACCAAGGAGACUGGAUUAUGUCGGUUGCUACAUAGCUAACGGCUAAUUCCAUUGAUGAGAAUGCUAACUGCUAACUGCUAACUUUGUGGACGCACUAACACAACAGAGGAUAAUGAGUAAAACGAAGAGGAAGAGGAAGAGGAAGAUAAGGAGGACUGUUUGGACAAGCUGCGUCGAUUCGACGAGGAGGGAUCAGCUGUGAAGUCUUGGCUCCAUCAGUGUCGUAUCUACGAAGCAGAUCUCAGCCUGCUUCCUGCGAGUGACACUUCCCCCCUGAAGCUCCGCUCUCCUACCUGACUCACAGUUCCUCAAGGAAGCGUUCAGGUUCACCGAGCAGGACGGACAUCAGACCACGCAGAGGAGUCCUGUGAACCCCCCCAGCUUGUUUACAGUCGCCUCUUCCCGGCAUUAACGUCACAUGACGUCUCCCCUUGUGGGCGGGGACACGAGCUCUCUGGCCAAUCACAGCUCUGCAUCGCUCUCGCAGCCAGCGCAUGUCCAUGCCUUAAUAAAAAGGCGUCUCUGGAUUGUCAGAACACACCUCAACAAGUCCUCCAGAGGAACACAUCCACAAGCAGGACCAGGAUUCAGGGUUUGAACUUUUCGAUCAGAGGACAGUGAAGCAAACAGAACCCGGACUCUGGGAAGACUGACUCACUCUGAUCUGCACUCUGUACUGGACCUUUCACUCUUUUCCUUUGGAGUGAUUUGAAUUCUUUACUGGGACACAGCUGAGACACGCCGAGCUGUCUCCUCACUCUGACUUUGUUGAUUAUAAGGACACUGUGUUUCUAAGAGCAGCUGGUAAGACUCCUUCUUCUUCUCCGACUUUAAUGUCUACAAAGAUGGAACAGCCUUUUUAUCAUGACGACUCUUUCAUGUCGCCUUACGGCCACUCAGAAGCUGCAAUGCACGACUACAAGCUGCUAAAGCAGAGUAUGAAUUUGAACUUGACAGAGCCAUACCGCAACCUGAAAUCGCAGCUGAGAGCCGAGACAGACCUGUACCAAGGGGGGCAGCAGGACGUGGGGUCCCUGAAGCUCGCGUCCCCAGAGCUCGAGAGGCUCAUCAUCCAGAACAGUAACGGGGUGAUCACCACUCCCACCCCGGGACAGUACUUCUACAACCGGGGCAUCACGGAUGAGCAGGAGGGCUUCGCGGAGGGGUUUGUGAAAGCCCUGGACGAGCUGCACAAGAUAAACCAGAUGCCCCCCAACGUGUCCAUCGGAGCCGGCGGAGUCACAACGUGUUCGGCGGCGGCCUCUAGUGUCUUCGGCUCCUCCCUGCAGCCUGAACCUCCCAUCUACACAACACUGAGCGCGUACUGCCCCAACACGAGCCUGUCUUCCACAUCCAGCUACCCCACAGCCACCAUCAGCUACCUGCCCCCGCACCAGCAGUGCCACCCGCAGACCUCCACGCACCCCUACCAGCACUCUCUCCCCGGCUCUGGGCUCCAUCCGCAGCGGCUCGUGGCUCUCAAAGAGGAACCACAGACCGUGCCGGACCUCCUCAGCAGCGACGGCUCGCCUCCAAUGUCCCCAAUCGACUUGGAGACCCAGGAGAGGAUCAAGGCGGAGCGCAAGAGGCUGAGGAACCGGCUGGCGGCCACUAAAUGUCGGAGGCGCAAGCUGGAGCGCAUCGCUCGGCUGGAGGACAAAGUCAAGAUCCUGAAGAACGACAACGCGGGGCUCUCCACCACAGCGUCCGUGCUCCGGGACCAGGUCGCCCAGCUCAAACAGAAGGUCCUGACACAUGUGAGCAGCGGCUGUCAGCUGAUGCUCACAAGCAAGAUGGAGGCGUUUUAAACAACAACAACCACAGAGACUACUAACUAACAGACUGAAAGUAAAAACACUGGAGUCAUGAUCUGCAUGCAGCAGGAUAACAGCUGGUGUGUGGUCAGCACUGACAGCAGCACGCGCACACACAGGGCUGUGUGUAGAGAACUCUUAUGGCUGACUGAGAGGACUGGUACUUUAGGAUGCUGGACAUCCCUCAGAGGACCAUGAACCCGCAGUAGGGCAGCAUCCAGAGAGCAGAAGCUCCACUGAUGGCAGAAAUGGGAAUGAUUAUUGUAUUUGUACUUUUUUGCAACUGAUAUUGUCAUGCAAUGCUGCAUUUAUUCAUGUGUAAAUUAUUUGGUGUGUCUGGUUGAUCCAGGCACGCUGAUGAUGUCCAAUGUUUACACUGUCUUUUUUAUUUGUGAUGUGUAUUUAAGUAAAGUGUCUUCAAAUGAAA